AUGACAUUGCCGUUCAACCAGGAAUCAUGGAUCUGGUACACAUGCGCGGUUUGCAUGAUCGGAGCGAGGCUUAUCUCUCGCAAAAUCCUAUUUCGAUCCAUCAAAGGGCUCCAAUUCGAUGAUUAUAUCAUGGGCCUCUUUGUCACGGCCGCCUACACCGUCUUGCUCGUGUUUUCCAACAGAUGGUUAAAAGUCCACUCGAACCUGGAACCCCCAGGAUUUGACUUUGGCGCUCUCAGCCCUGAAGAGCUAUCGAGAAGGGUGUAUGGAAGUAAGUUGGUAGUUGUGGUAGAGCAGAUGCAGAUUGCAGUGCUCUGGUCAUGCAAGGCCUGUCUUUUGAUCAUGUACCACCGCAUAACACGGACGGCGCUUCACUACGAGAACAUUGCGAUCAAGGUUCUGGCCGUAUAUACCGCGAUUGGGUUUGUCGUCAUAGAGGUUCUCUACUUUUCAGCCUGGUGUCGUCCGUUUUCCGCAUACUACGCGGUGCCAACCACCUCGCUGCAGUGUACGACGCUAAUUAACCACCGCAUCACGAAAGCAGUCUUCAGUAUAUCUUCGGACUUGAGCAUGCUUUUCAUCUCGUUGCCGAUGCUUGUGCGAUCGCUACUACCGAUGAAGAGGAAGAUUAUCCUAUGCGGCAUCUUUUCUCUGGGACUCUUUGUCGUGAUUGCCAGUAUCGCAAACGCCUACUCGUCCUUUACCCAUCCAUACAAGGCGACGUGGAUCUCGUGGUAUGUUCGGGAGUCGUCGACAGCGAUCCUGGUGGCCAAUUUGCCCUUUACAUGGAAUGUCGUGAGGGAAUUCUUUGAGGUUGGGCAGUUUGACGCGUCUCCUCCUCCGGCGUGGACUUAUCAUUCGUCUCGCACAGCAAGAGGCCGCACAACAACACAGCUACUGAACCAGCAGAUGGGCACGACCAAUCGCACUUAUGCCACCAGCACCAACCCAAGCCGAACGCGACGAAGUAUGAGUCUGGUGAUGUCGACCGAGGCGAUUCCACCCAAGAAGAGCCACCAAUCCGAAGACGCCAGAACAGAUUUGAUGGAAGAAGCAAUUGGGCUUCAGGACUUUGCGCCAGUAGUUUUGCGCAGCACUAAUGACGGCGUCGGGAUUUUUGACUUGGAAUCGGGUCUAGUUGACAAACUGGACGCACGACCAGUUUCGUAUAAUCACAUUCAACAAAGCAACAACUUCAUGGCUGUUCCGCAGACCAUUAUACAAGGUGGAAACGGCGGCUUCUACAUUGAUGGCCGUCCGAUUUCCUCGCCGUCUAUGGCGCACAUGACUGUUUCGUCGAAGCGGACAAGCGCGAAUAGUGUGACGAGCUUGUUUCGGAGGCCAAGCAGUCCGGUGCCGAGUUACUCGACCACGAAGACGGAUGACGAGGGUGGGCGCAAGGAUAGGCCGGGAAAUGGCGGCGGGGAAGUGACGGCGGACAAAGGGAGGGAUGCGACGGAUGCAAGGGCAAGAUGGCGGGUGAUGGGAUGA